UCAACCUUGGGGCCAAGCGCGUGCAUGCGCACCUCCGCGUGUGUGUUUGUGAUGCACACAAGUAUUCAUGCUGUCCCUUGUCUGCCUAUGGACACCCAUACCCAUCAGCUGAUCGCCGCUCCGCGCUAUGCCCUCUCACAGGUCUGGUUUGUCCAGUCUCCCAGAAAGCACUCACAACCCCGGCAACACGCGACCACGGCGGACGGAAACGGCCGCGGCUUCCUCUCAGCCGUGCUGCAACGCAACACACGGGACGGGCUAGAACAAGGUCAAGGCAUCCCCGCUUCCCGGCACUCGGACAUCACCAAGCAAGCCGAGGAGAGUGACAAGUCGCACCGAGCGGGCAAGGUCUGCCGGUGGGCGGUUGCUGCGGCCGACCACCAAGCUUCCAAUCUGGCAACAUGAUGUGGAGGGCAGUCCAACCUCCAAAGAAAAGAAUGCCUGGGGCCAGAAUCUUCCGAUGUUUUCCGGCGCGCUCGCCUAUGCGAUCGCGAGACCGA